GAGAUGAUAGAAAGUACAGCAAGGUGAUGAACUGCGUGUGUGCAAGGCCCUUUGAUAAACUGGGGCGAGCAGUGGGCUCCCCUGGCCACUCAGAUGAACUGAGCCUAAGGGAGCCUGUGUCCCUGUGUGUCCCUGCUGCACAGCCUUGCUUGUGAGGAAGGCUGUGGAAGAGUUACUUAAAGAGGCAAAACGUGGGAGAACCAGAGCUGAAACAAUGGGAGCUAUGGGUUGGUUGAAAUGUCCUCUUGCUGGUACAAAUAAAAGAUUUCUUAUUAAUACCAUCAAAAACACAUUGCCAUCUCAAAAAGAACAAGACCCAGAGCGUGAGCAAAAGGAAGAUGAUAAGGAGUCUGAACCAAACAAAAGCAGAAAAGAAGAAAAACCAAAGAAACGCAGAAUUCACCCGUAUACACCCAGCUUUCAAUCCAGAAGGAGAGUCAGCUACUCUCCUCCAAGGCACCAAAGCAGGAACCAGCACACAAAGGAUAAACAUGAAAAGCGAUCAAGCAAGCGAUGAGGAGAGCGACAAGUACGUGUUGUUACAAGUCAGGAAUGUCAUUGAGUAUAGGAAAGUGGGGGUGUCUCAGUUUUUCAAGAGUUGAUGUUCAAACUUGAGUUUUGAACCAAGUUGCCUGUGUGAGAAGUAACCUUGAGGUAGCUUUAGAAACUUUUCUUUGGGACCUUUAAGAGAAAAGCAAAGUACAGCCUAAAACUUUCAGUUGUUUUAGAACAGACAUUCCCUUUGCUCUAUUCCUUUCUCCCCUUCUGACUAAGCCUAGGGUCUUCGUGAUGGAGUGUGAUAUGUGUGUCACUGUCUAAUACAAAUCAUUUAGUCAUGUCACUCUUGGGAAUAAAUUUAAAUCAAGCAGAAUUCUAUUUAUUGUGUGAAGUUUGCAGAACUUCUUUGCUGCUAACCAAUAAAGAAGUUUUGCUUAUUUGGGUUAGAAUUUAGAAUAAGAGAAAGCUGGUCAGUGCCUGGCCAAGCAUAUGCAUUUUGUAUAGAAUAUAAGAGAUUGCUUUCUUCAAUACAGAAAGAACAAAUUUAAAUUGCGCAAUGCUGGUUUUGCUUUCCAGGAGGGACUGCCGGGAAAUACUGAUUUUUGCUUGUUAAUGUAUAUUCACAAACCUAUCAUAGAUAACAAUAAACAUUACCCCAAAAAAGCUGUAACUGCAAUAAUUUUCUGUGUUUAGAUUUCCCUCUGUAAGGAAGUAGUUGGAACAGUCUGUUGUCAUGGUGCUUUCAAAACAAACCCUGAAGACAAAAUUUUCAUCUUUUCUGUCUACUGCUGGAAAGUUUCCAAGUAAAUAUGUAAUACUAGAAAUACAGAGGUGAUGCUUAAACUGUCAAAUGCUCACUUUCCAGGCCUGUGUGGCAAUUCUGUAGUGAUACAGUUCUUAAACCUGUGACCAUGAGCACAAAUGAUACACAUUGGCGUCUUCUGUGUCUCACUUCUGUUUGUGUUACAUUAACAAACUUCUACAUGAAAUAUUUUGUAUUUUACUGUUCUCAGAAAUAACUGUUUUCAACAUAGGUUUGUUUUUGAGUGUGUUGACAAUAAAAUCGAAAAUGUUCAUUGAAA